AGCUUGUCCACUGGGACCAUCGACCAAAUCAAAACAUAGCUCUCUCUCUCUCUCUCUCUUUAGAUUUCUCCGCUCACUCUGAGACUCUCUCUCGAUUCAUGAUCAAUGGCUCUCCAUUUGAGGUCGUCGAGAUCGGCCAUUUUGAGCAAGCUCAAACCCUGGUUCGGUCUGGGUCGCCAUCUACGAGGAAACCCACCUUCGGUUCGGGUUCUGGAAUACCCACUUGUCGGUUUCUCUAGGCGGUUCUCGUCCACCAUGUCGGAGAAGCUCCCAGUCAUUGGUCGGGACGACGAUGCGAAAACUCAGGCCUUGGAUUUCCCAGGCGGGAAGGUACCUUUCACGCCAGAGAUGCGUUUCAUAUCAGAAUCCAGCAAAGAGCGAGUACCGUGUUACCGAGUUCUUGAUGAAAAUGGCGGACAGAUUCCCAAUAGCCAGUUUGUGCAGGUCGGCGAGGAAAUGGCGGUGAAGAUAUACCGUCAUAUGGUUACUCUCCGAAUGAUGGAUAAUGUAUUUUACGAAGCUCAAAGACAAGGAAGGCUUUCGUUCUACGCAACUUCGCUCGGGGAAGAAGCCAUUAACAUUGCCUCAGCUGCAGCUCUCGCCAUUGAUGAUGUUAUCUUCCCUCAGUACAGGGAGCCCGGAGUUCUGCUAUGGCGCGGUUUCACGCUUCAAGAAUUCGCAAACCAGUGUUUCGGGAACGAGGCUGAUUAUGGGAAAGGCAGGCAGAUGCCGAUACAUUAUGGAUCUAACCGGCUUAACUAUUUUACGGUUUCGGCAACGAUAGCUACACAGUUACCGCAUGCAGUUGGUGCAGCUUAUUCCUUAAAGAUGGACAAGAAGGAUGCAUGUUCUGUCACAUUCUUUGGCGACGGUGGCUCGAGCGAGGGAGAUUUCCACGGGGCUUUGAAUUUUGCGGCGGUAACCGAAUCUCCUGUCCUGUUUAUCUGUCGGAACAAUGGAUGGGCAAUCAGCACUCCCACCUCGGAUCAGUUUCGAAGUGAUGGUGUAGUGGCGAAAGGCCGAGCUUAUGGAGUUCGAAGCAUACGCGUAGAUGGAAACGAUGCCCUUGCAAUGUACAGUGCAGUUCAUGCCGCCCGGGAAAUGGCGAUUACGGAACAGAGGCCAAUCUUAAUCGAGGCCUUAACGUAUCGGGUGGGGCACCAUUCAACGUCGGAUGAUUCCACCAGGUACCGGUCGGCCGACGAGAUCGAGUCUUGGAACGUAGGCCGAAGCCCCGUGACUAUAUUUCGGAAAUGGAUCGAAGGUAAGGGAUGGUGGAGCGAAGAAGCCGAGACAGAGCUCAGAAGAGAGGUCAAGAAACAGAUAUUGGAAGCGAUUCAGCUGGCGGAGAAAACCAAGAAACCGCCAUUGAAGCAUCUGUUCGAGGAUGUGUAUAAUGUUCCUUCGUCGAACCUCGAGGAACAGGAAAUGUCACUGAGGCAGAUCGUGAAGAGUCGCCCACUGGAUUACCCAUCAGAUGUUCCUCUGUAGUUAUGGACUCUGACGUAAAACUCGAACUCGAACUCAUAAAAAUUGAAGGGAACAGUAGCCAUCUGUCGACUCCUACAUGUGAUUUUUUUUUUUCUCAGUUGUGUAAUGGUGGCGGCUUUGUCGAAUUCUUGCACAGUUUCAUAUCAGCUUACCAUUAAGGGUGACCAAUGUGGUUUGAUCGAAUAACUGAAUCCGAUGUCAUA